ACCAACAAACCCCAGUCACAAAUUCUCAGCUAUUGAGAUUUGAACAUUUCAUCCAAAAAAUGUUCUUUCAGAUUAUUCAGGGGGUUUUCACCGGCGUUGAGGCAUUAGCUCUAUUGGCAUUCGCUGGUAUAACCCUUGGCGGCUCAGCCGUGGGACUCGCUUUAAGCACGCCGCUUUUUAUCCUAUUCAGUCCGAUUCUCGUGCCAGCAACUAUAGCCACCACUUUGUUAACUACGGGUUUCACGACCUCCGGGGGCUUAGGAAUUGUGGCUCUCCGCAUCUUCUGGAAGCUCUUCAAGCGUCUUAGGAAGAAGGGGAAAGGAACGCCAAAAAUUCCGGGAUUGGCCCCGGGGGCUCCAGAUUCUAACUCAGUGUCUGGGGGAUAAACGGAGUAGGCUUUCGUAGUAUGAGAUAAUCUAUGGAGGAAUUUAAUGAGAAUUGCUGGGGUUCCUUAAAUAAAACCUAAAAUUAUCCAGUGUCUUUAACGUAAUACUGAUUACGCGCGGAUGAAACUAAUGUUUCAUAUACCAUUCUUCAAAUGUAUAUCGUGUUACGAAAUUAUAAUAUAUGUACUCGAUCGUGUUGUAUAUUUUAAAGAAUUAAGUGAUAUCACUGAGAUUACCAUA